AGAUGAAUGCCCACUUAACGAGGAAUACCAAGAGUGUGGUACUGCCUGCCCCCUCAACUGUACGAACCCUGCGGAUCCUGUAGUCUGCACCGAACAGUGCGUCAUGGGCUGCUUCUGCAAGGCCGGCUAUUUGAGGAAUCAGAUCGGGGCUUGUGUCGUAGCUGACCUGUGCAUUGAAGAACAAUGUCUAAAUGAGAACGAAGUAUACGACAUCUGUAGCAAAGAAUGCCAGCCAACUUGCGUAGAUCGUGAUCCAAUUUGCACUACACUCUGCGCCGGGGGGUGCAUUUGCGUACCGGGUUUCCUACGUGACGAUAAAGGAGUCUGUAUCAGUGUCGACGAAUGCCCGAAGAGUAAUUAAUUCUAUUGAUCUUGAUACUGGAAAAUGAAAUGUUAUUAACAGGAUUAUGCAUUUCUCUUCUACUAUAAGUAAUGAAUAAUGUUAAGUAAAUAAGAUAAGGAAGUCUGGGUGCGUUAACUUAAUUCACCAGAAUUAGUUCACUUAGGUGCAUUAAUACACUUUUAGUAAACAUAACUCACCAAGAGUAGAGUCUCCUCUCAUGCGAGGGCUUAGGCCAUAGCUCGCCAUGCUAGUCCAAUGCGGGUUGGGAACUUCAUUGUGAACCUUCUUCGACAUGCAGGUUUAAUCACGUGAGUUGGAUCCUGGUGUCCUUAAAUAUCGUGGUGAAUACAGUUUACUUUUAUGUUUAUCUAAUGCAC